AUGGCCGAAGAGAAUUUUAAGUGGGACAUUAGCUUUCUUGUAACCCAAUGUGAUCGUAAAAGAUGGAAGUGGACAGCCUUCUGUUACAUUUUUUGUUGUUUUACGAUAUUUUCUAUAUUUAAUUGUGUUCAUUAUGCGGUUUUUUGGACGCCAAUUCAUCUUGCUCGAAAACUAUCAGGCUAUGUGUGUCAGCUGAGAUUGACAAAAAUUGAAAAAAGACGGAGACUGGUGAUUGUACACAUAACAGCACUGAUCUUUUACGGACCUAUUCUAUGCAUUGUUGUUUUGGCGACUAAUGAUUGGGGAGGCUCAGAGAUUUAUAUUUAUUAUUUUCUUCCCGGCACAGCAAUUCCAACGUUGUUGGCGCUUGUCGCUUUAUUACCACCAAAAUUAUUUAGAACUAUCAUUCCAGUGAUCAAAUGCUUUCAUGACGAAGAAAAUAUAGAGACAGAAAUAAGCUCUUCAAGUGCUCAAAAUACAGUAGUCUCCUCUCAACCAGAAACUUUUUCGCAUGUCCAGACGCCCGAAAGGACGCAUUCAGAGAGUACGCUAGGAAGUCUUCCUGUCAUUAAUACUGUUUCUCUACCAGAUGACCCGCUUUCACAGGCAAAUGUACAAAAUAAUGGUCCUCUAGAAACGAAGAUUAUUCCUCUCGACGGUGUAAGUCUUCAAUCCGAGAGUUCGCUUGGCGAAUACCGGACCCCGUCUGUCAAUAGUGUCGUCACUGAAAAAAGUAUCGAAGAGAGGUUUCAAAAAAUAGAAGCGUUCAUGGCACGUAUGGAAGAAAAAAUGAAUGCAGCUGACAAUAAUUCGGCAAAUCAAUCAAUUGUGUGA